UGUGCGGCAGGCAAAGUGAAUAAAACCGCGGCAGUGGAGAUAAAUUUAUUGUUUGUAGUUUUGAUCGCUAAAUCCUCUCGAAUUUUUUUUUCUUUUUGAGUAUUUCGAGACUCUUUCGACGGUGACCCCAUUUUUCUUCGCCAUACACUCUUUGGCUAUCGCGCACCCGAAUGUUCAUGAAGCACGUGUUAUCAGUGGGCUUUCAAUUUAUUUUAUCAUCAUAUUCUACUGUGCCCCCUUUUUUUGCUCCCUCCAUUCCUUUCCUUUUCUUUCGCUCUUUUUUUUCCUUUGAAUUUCGCCUUCAGCCAGAAUGGUGGAAGAAAUUAAUAAAACAGCAGACUUUUUAAACUUGUAAAUAUUUGUCGAGAUACCAAACAUUGACUCAAUUUCCAAUUUUCGAGCCCGGCCGUAGCUGAAUAAAAAAUUCACUUUUUAAGACUUUUUUUGGGGGGAAUUUGGGAUAAAAAUUGUUCGUGAGAUAAACACAAAAGAGUCUCAAAUUGUUCACUUAUUCUUCCUCUUGUGAAAUGUACAUAGAGAACAAGCAGUGAAAAAUAAACAUUAAAUUCCCCCCACCACCCUCACCGCAUUUUCCUCCUUGAUCUGCUGUUUUUCUUUGCACAUCGAUGACUAAUCGAUGUUAAGUAAUUAUGGAGAAGUUUUUUUUUCUUAAUCUUAUAUUGUUUUCCAGCAUAUUCGUCGUACCCGUCGUACCCAAUCACCCAAAGAACAUUCAAAAAGUUUCCAAAGCAAUCGUCUACAGGUGAUAAGAAUUAGAAAAAAAAUGUGAUAUGAACAAGGUAAAACUUCUUUCUCUCCCACUCCUCGUUAUCUAAAUUCCCCCCAAAACUCUCUGCAUAAACAUAGCGAGUAAAGCCACGAAGGCGUCACAACAUAGCCCUUCCCCUUUGAGUAAAAAUUCUCAAUGGGCAAUUCCCCUUCAUGGGAGAUUUGCAAACAAUUUUCCGGCGCGUAGAUUCUCAAAAAGAGCCGGGAGAAGAGAUUAAAGAAGUGAAAAAAAAACAUUGAACGUCAACACGUAACUUUAUGCUGUUGUUCGCGUGGAGAUUAUGUAGAUUUCAUAUGUGCGCCUCCUGAAAGCAUAAAUAUUACUCAAUACACCAAGCCCAUGAACUUGUAUGUGCGAGGAGUUUGUUGUUUUGAGGAGGAUUUUUUUUUCGCAUUUGCCAUCUCUUGCCAUUCCUCGCCGCAUAUGAUAAGAAGCUGCGCACUGAAAGCCAACAGAGAAGUGUACAAAAAUACGUCGUAGUUGAAAAGACAGGCACGCACUCGUGUGAUUAUUACAGCCACUCAAAAGUAUUUUCGCGCAAUGCGGAAAUUUGUGAAAUUUGCAUUUUGCCGAAAAUUCCGCAAAGUGCAUCUGGGAGACAUUCCUAAAUGUGAGAGGCUGUGUGAGGGUGGAAAAUUGGCGAGAAGAUGGAAAAGUUGUUUGCAAGAGAUUGGCUUUAGGAAUAAAUUCCACUCCUGGUGAGAGAGUAUAUACAUCAUAAAUAUUCGUAGACUCUAUUCUCACAAUCUCACUCAUUUGUGCCUGAAUAAACAGUGCCCAAGGGAAAAAUUGGGACAUUUUUAAGCAAUAUAUUGGGCUUCACUUUUCUCCGUAUUUUCUUUAAUUAAAUUCUCAUUACUUUUAAUACCUGAUGAAGAUGGAUAAAUAUUCUCGAAUUGUCACACAGAUUGUCAGUUGAAAAUAUUUGUUUUUGAGCAGAAUUCUAUUUAAAUUCAACGACUUUUGUAAACGAUUAAUGAUUAAAGAAAGCUUGAAAAUUCUAAUUUUUCUUCCAUAAUGAAGGAGUUUAUUAAUUUUGUUGAUUCUCUCGAAAUGAUCAUAAUAUGUUCUAAAAAUGCCAAAAUAAUUUUCCAUUUUGCAUGAAAAUUCCAUUAUUCAGUAAAUUUGGCAAAUUCGGUUAAUAAGUGCAGAACAUUCACGUUUUAUGUUUUAAUGAAUAAACCAAUUGAAUCAAUGCGCUAUGAACAAAAAAAUUAAAGGACAACUCAGAAGAGACAACAAGUAAAUUGAAAUAAUAGGCCCUAUUCAGCGACCAAGAAACUCUUGAAAUUUGAUUGAAAUCUUAAAAUUUCAGUAGGGGAACAACGUUGCUCAAUUCGGACCUCUUAAGACCUUUUUCAAUCCGCUAUUACUUAAAACUGAUAAAACUUUAAAUGUAGAAAGUGAUUGGAAUUAAAAGAGCAUUAAAUGGGCUUUAAAAUGAUAACAAAUUUAAUAAUAUAGCUUUUUAUUUCAUACCAUUUUUUUUUUCAUUAUGCGUGGACCUUUGGAGGUCCGAAUUGGGCCACGUUCCUCUAAAAAUUACAACGAUUUCAAGGAUUUCUUGAUCACAGAAUAUGACUAAUUAUCUAAAUUAUACGUGGAUUUUUAGAUUUUUCUUUUUGAGAAUAAUUUUCUGGGAUAGCGGCUUCGUCUAUGAUUUUUGUCAAACUAUUUUUAAAUUUUAAUCAUUUUACGAUAUAAAAUACACAAUAGUGACGUCAUUUUUUGUAUUUUCGAGUAAAUUUUUGUUAACUUUGAACCAAUGGAAUCAGUGGAAAGUAGAAAAAGAUUUUGUUGAUUUAUUUGACCUUUCAGAUACUUUAAAUUACCGAGUCCCAAUUUAUUCUUCGAAUGAGGUUUAGUUCCAAAAAAAGGUGACUAAACACCUUUAUUAAGAAAUAAUUUUAAUAGAUUUUUUCUGUUAAAGAAAAGUUUAAUAGAGGCGUAGUUUUAGAACCUUUAAAAUAUAAAUUCUGGAUUUUUCUGGAUUGACUCUGCUGAAAAAUCUGUUUGAUAACUCUUUUGCACCGUUUUAUGACCCCUUCAAUGUAUUCGGUGUCUGGUUUGUAUAUACCCCUGAAUCUCAUGAUGUCUCAAAAUGAAUAAACUCCUUUAUACGGAUUUUAAAGCAAUAAUCUCAAUGUAAUAUUUAAUUAAUAAAAAAAAUGAUAAUAAUUAAUCAGAACAAUGCUCCGAUAGAAUUUCAAUGACACAUCAACUUUUUUUUAUUUUUAUGAAAUUCUAAAAGGAUUUUUCAAGGGAAUUCCAUCCAAUAAUUAUUUGCAAAAGCGCAGACACGUGGCGCGGUUUAUGUGAAAAUAUCACCGCAGCAUGUUCAAAUAUUGAUUUUGGGUAGUGUAUGGAUGUGUCGAUAGCACGAGAGAAUGAGCAAAAUGCUCACGGUCACACAUACCAAUCAACUUGUCCCACCAUAUCACUCCUCAGUGGAGCUUUAAAAGUCUCCCCUGAGCCACAAAGAAUUUUAGUGCGUGUUUUUCUGUUGAACCUCACGAAAGUGUCUCAACAUAUCGUUCCCCAACAAAUUCACAUUCUCACUGCAAUAACCAUCUAUAUUUUCAUCUUGAGUGUCGCACUCGAUUUUUUAAAGUACAAAGAUAAGAGAAGAAAAAACGUUAAAGAAAGUGAAAUUAAGCUUUUGAAAGCACACUGCCAGUCGAUUUUCGUGUUAAAGAACUUUUAAGAAUAUUUUUUUUUGCGAAGAAAAAGGAAGGAUGUCUGCAUCUCCAGUGGCUCGUCAAGCGUGCUCCCACGCCCAAACAAUUCCCUCGAAGCGUGUCCUCGUUACGGAUGCUUCACAAUUGCCGGAUGUUUACUCAUCCACCCCCGGAGGAACUCUCUUCUCCACCACACCUGGAGGCACUCGCAUCAUCUAUGACAGAGCUUUCCUCAUGAACCUCAAGAACUCACCCCUGAGUCGUACCCCACCGAAAAAUCUCCCACCGGCCCUCAUGAAAGGCUCCCCCACACAGAAGAGUGGCCCAUGGAAGGCACCCGCAUCAGGGCCACGACGGGCGAGCAAUGAUCAAGCAGCCCGCCAGCAUGAUAAUGAGCAUCAAUUUGACAUGGACAUCUAAAGUGGGGAGAUGCGCAGCAACUCUCAGAUGCGCGCUCACGAGGUGGCUUUUAGCUUCCGCGCGAAAUGCAAGGAAUUCCUGCGAGACUUCCUUGGCUGUCUGAGCAGCAGUUAAAGUAAAAAGAAGUUAAGAAAAAAAAAUGGAAAAAGGAGCCACACCUUUGAGUUGCUGGAUAUUGCUGUGGCACAAACAAUUUGUUUUUCAACAACCACCCACUUUGCGAAAUAAACAACCUCACGUGUUUUGUCGCAGCAAUGCAGAGACCAUUUUUCUUUUGCAAGCACAAAAAUGCACAAAAGCAAAAAGGUGUGGAAAGUGUCGCACUAAAUCAUUUCAAAUUGUAUAAGUUUAAUUGUUUUUAAUUUCUUAUUUUUCUCUUAUAUUGUAAAUAUAUAAUGUAUACUCUAAGUGCUAAUUACGACGUUAUAUUUUCUAUACGCACCAUGUGCUUAUAAAAAGAGGAGAAUCCUCCCUUUAGGAAGUUCAAAAUGAAUUUGCGAUUAGAUUGUAGUUUUCGAUUAGAAUCAAAAAUCAUCUUUUUCUCGCACUCUCUUGCGACAUUCAAGCGCAAUUGCUGCGUAUUAUUUGCGACAAGAAGUUAAUAAUAAAAUUAAAAAAAAAAACGAGUAAUAAAUAGAUAAAUACUUGAGACAUCAUGAUAAUACUUUAAUUAUUAGACUACUUGUUGACUAUGCGGUUGUCACACACAAAUAUUUCUCCCACUUUCGUCUCUUUUCAAUUUAUAAUAAUUAAAUAUUUUACUUUUUUUUUCAGUUUAAUAAAAAACUGAAAUGUGAUAACUUUUUUUCUUAGAUUUAUAUUAUGUACGUCCUAAGAGGCGAAUGUAAUUUUCUUCUUCAACAUAAUUCGAGAUAUUUGCUUAUAAUUAUUAAGAUUAAAUUUCACGUUGCAGCGUUAAAGAAGAUUUUUAAAUGGCAAAUUGCCUACAGUAAGAGGAAAUUAAAGCCAAUAUUUUUGUAAUAAUUCAACCUCAAAAAAAGUUGUUGUUAAACAUGCUUGUAAAUUAAAAAUUAAGUAAAACGUUUCUUAUAGAUUGUAAGACUUGCUUCAAAAAUGUUACUCAAGAAGGAAUUGAGAAAAAAAAUAAUUUAAAAAUGAAUAAAAAAUAAUUCAAAAAAUAAAAAA